AUAGCUCGAGCCCCGGCGAGGUCGGUGUGGAUCCGCUGGCGCUCCGGCCCCUAGUCGCGGCUGCGAUUCCUAGUCCGCCUGCCGGCAGAGGAGGGAAGCAGGGAAAGGGGCGGGCGGAGGCGGGGCGGCGUCCGAUUCUGGGAGAGCCGAGGGAGCAGCGCGGCGGCGACGUCGCCGGCUCUAAAAGAGGCGAAGCAGGCGGCGGAGCUCUUUUCCUCUUCUCAGACCCCGGAGCGUCCGGGACGCGGAGCCCGGAACUGGGGGGACGCGGCGACUGCGGGGGCCCGGAGUAGGUGAAGCUGAGCGUGCUGGGUGAAGGAGGUUAUGUAUGUAAUUUACCUGUUGUUAAUGAAGCUGGAGAGAACGGAUAACCAGAAACAGGCAUCUUACUUUUAAGUCAGAAUCUCCCUGGAAACAGAGACAUGAAUGUCUGCAGUGAUAUUUCCUGACAAGAAGUUAAUAGAAGGAAAGGAGAUCACCAGUUAGAGAACAGAAUUUCAAAUAACCAGGAUUUGGUAUUUAUCACCUCCGACUAUAGACUUUUCUUGCCUACCUUUAAAUCAGAGAUCACUACAAUCAGAACCCAGACAAGACAAAAGAAUACAUUUCUUCUGUAUCUUUUGAGAUCAAAGAAACUACAAUGUCUAGGAAACAAAACCAGAAAGAUUCAUCAGGAUUCAUUUUCGAUUUGCAGUCCAAUACUGUACUGGCCCAGGGAGGGGCUUUUGAGAACAUGAAAGAAAAGAUAAAUGCAGUGCGUGCAAUAGUUCCCAACAAGAGCAACAAUGAGAUCAUCCUGGUUUUGCAGCACUUCGACAAUUGCGUGGACAAAACAGUACAAGCGUUUAUGGAAGGUAGUGCCAGUGAAGUACUGAAAGAAUGGACAGUAACAGGCAAGAAAAAGAACAAAAAGAAGAAAAGCAAACCAAAACCUGCAGCAGAAGCAAGUAACAGUAUCUCAGACUCCAGUAAAUCGGUUUCCAUUCAAGAGGAGCAGUGCGCACCUUCUUCAGAAAAAGGUGGUAUCAACGGUUACCAUGCAAACGGUGCCAUCAAUGAUACUGAAUCUGUGGACUCCCUCAGUGAAGGUAUGGAAACGCUUUCAAUAGAUGCCAAAGAACUAGAGGAUCCUGAGUCUGCCAUGCCAGAUGUGCUGGGCAGAACAGGAUCCAUACUGCAAAAUGGUGUCUCUGAUUUUGAGGCCAAGUCUUUGACUGUGCACUCGACUCAGAAUUCUCAACAAAACAGGAAUGCGGGCAAAUCUCUCACAAGACCUCAGUUUUCAAAUCUGGGCAUGGAAGAUGUUCCAUUCUCCCCCACCAACAAAAAGCUAGGUUCCAAUAUUGAGAAAUCUGUGAAAGACCUCCAGCGCUGCACAGUGUCUCUUGCACGAUAUCGAGUUAUAGUGAAAGAAGAGAUGGAUGUUUCCAUUAAGAAAAUGAAACAAGCUUUUGCUGAGUUGCAGAGCUGUUUAAUGGAUCGAGAAGUGGCAUUGCUCGCUGAAAUGGACAAAGUGAAAGCCGAAGCAAUGGAAAUUUUGCUUGGCCGACAAAAGAAAGCUGAACUUCUAAAGAAGAUGACUGAUGUGGCUGUUCGAAUGUCAGAGGAGCAGUUGGUUGAGCUCAGAGCUGAUAUCAAGCACUUUGUUAGUGAACGUAAAUAUGACGAGGAUCUGGGACGAGUGGCCCGGUUCACCUGUGAUGUAGAGACCCUAAAGAAGAACAUUGAUUCAUUCGGACAAGUGUCCCAUCCAAAGAAUAGCUAUUCAACCAGGUCCCGAUGUGGCUCAGUUACAUCUGUGUCCUUGAGUAGCCUGUGUGAUGCCUCUGCUGCUUCCUCCUCCACCUGUGCCUCCACUCCCAGCCUUACAAGUGCCAACAAGAAAAACUCGGCACCAGGAGAGACUCCUGCGGGCAUGACACACUGCAGCGGCCGGCCCUAUCAGCCUCACCGAGAGGUGUUGCCGGCGAACAGACGAGGAGGACAAGGCUACAGGCCACAAGGCCAAAAGUUUGGUGACCCCACAAACCAAGGGCAGCAUGAUGGUGUGGGCCGUUACAGAAAUAGUUCGUGGUAUUCAUCUGGUUCCAGGUAUCAGAGUGCGCCAUCCCGGGCACCAGGAAACACUAGUGAACGUGGCCAGGCUCACUCUGCAGGGACCAGUGGUGCUGGAGCCGGUGUGGAACCCAGCCAGCCCAAGCCCUCGUUCAAAAGGGGCUCCCCACAGCGCAAACCCAGGACCUCUCAUCCUGAAGCUGUGAACUCUUGAGGGAAACUCCAGCUGGCCUCUCUUGUCUAUGCCACACAAUUCAACUUGGUAACUGGACUUGGGGGACCUUAUAGUUAGAUUUAAUAACAAAAAGAAAUUUUCACCUAUCACUUUUUAUGCCAUUCUGAAUAUUUUUUGUUUCUCUUCUUUCCUGAUUUCCUCUUACCAUUUUUGGAGGGGAAGGGGAAGCUGUUUUUUCCCUUGACCUUUCCCAGUGAUAUGGAUUAAUUCUGAUUGGUCCUUUCUACCAGGAAUCAUGGGCAACCGUUGCCAGGUUUCCCAAGGUGAAGCAGGGUUCCUCCCAGGGCACCAGACCUUUCCGUUGCCCGAAGAGGAUUUCCUCAGCAACCCCUGCUGCUCAGGCCCUCCGGAGGAGACGGAUCAGAGCCCCUCCUGCUGCCUCUCCAGUCCGAGCAGAGCCACAUGUGCCUGUCAGGUCCCCUCUCAACAACAGUUUCACCAGGAGAGGCUGCGAGGGGCCGUGCCCCGCACUGCAUCGGCCAGAUAACCUUCGUCUCCUCCCAGAAUGUGCCUGAGACUGACACUCCGAUCAGGGUUGCAGUUGCUGGCUUGGCACAGUAGCUUAACCUGCGGCUUCUCAUACCUUAGACUGCAAGCCAGUCUUUGGGAAAGGAGCAUUUAAUUAAAGUUAAAAGAAGGGGGAAAAUUUUCUUUGUUUCAAUGUUUGAAGAUUUUUGUUGUUAUUCUCUCUCUUUCCUGAAUUGUAUUCUCGUCCUGAACCAAAUUUAUAGCAAUGUAAUUAGUGUUCAUCUAAGGUGGUACCCAUCAGAAACCCGCAGUCAGUCUCUAUAGUUGCGUAAAUAAAAACAACUGCAUAAACAGUCCCA